UACAGUGAUGCAAUUUCUCGUCUACAAAAAAAAAGUCAGGUGAAAGACUGAGGGGGACGGUCUUCUCGCCCUUUCUCUCUCUCUCUUUCUCUCGGUUGGUGCUGCUGCCCAUUACCGGAGAAGGGGAGGCGCGGUUUUCCGGGGUGGUCGGUUUUCGGCGCGGUCGAUGUCGCCGGAGACUCGAGGUUGGAUCGUCCGGCCGGGCGUGGCAGGGGUCGCAGUCGGUGAGUUCUUGGGAGCAGGGGCGGCUUGCGGGAGGUUGGUGGGAUGGUGGUGCUGAGCGGGCUCGGAGGAGCCGCUGGUAGUUGGUGCCGAACAGAUCGGAGAGGCGGGUUCGGAGGGUCGGAAGGGGGUGGGUUCGGAGGAGGAUGCGGAAGUUGGGGCGGUCGUGAUGGCGGUGAAGCUCGUUCGGUGCUUACUGUCGGUGGAGAAUGGCCGUCACAGAUCUUGCUGCUUAGUUGUUUCCAUUUUUAAGAUUUUGUUAGUUUUGGUAUGCAUUGAAGGCACUGUUUGUAGAAUAGAAGAGAGCUGGUCAAAGCACCUAGCCACAGAAUCAGGGGCUCAAAAUGGCCUAUCGCAUUCUUGCAUCCAUGAUGAAAUAUUGCAUCAGAGGCGUCGCUAUGGAAGGAAAGAGUAUUCUGUUACUCCACAAGUAUACCAAGAAAUUAGUUACUUGAAAAUUCACAGGAAAGGAAGGGGUUUGCUUGAAGCUUCUGAAACAGAAGUUCAACAAGAUUUAAGGCAACCCAUAAGAAUAUAUCUGAACUAUGAGGCGGUCGGGCAUUCCCCUGAUCGUGAUUGUCGUGGUGCUGGUGAUAUUGUGAAGCUUGGUGAACCACCUGCAUCUUUAGUUCCUGGCAUGCCAGCAUGCAACCCACAUGGAGAUCCUCCAGUGUUUGGUGACUGCUGGUAUAACUGUACAAUUGAUGAUGUAACUGGGGAGGACAAGAAACAUCGACUGCGCAAGGCAUUGGGGCAGACAGCUGAUUGGUUCAGAAGAGCCUUGUCUGUUGAACCUGUUAAGGGGAACUUGCGUCUCAGUGGUUAUUCUGCUUGUGGUCAAGAUGGUGGGGUGCAGCUUCCACGUGAAUACGUUGAAGAGGGAGUUGCUGGUGCUGACUUAGUUCUUUUGGUUACAACAAGACCAACAACAGGCAACACACUUGCCUGGGCUGUGGCAUGUGAACGUGAUCAGUGGGGCCGUGCAAUAGCUGGUCAUGUAAAUGUUGCUCCUCGUCACUUGACUGCUGAAGCGGAGACGUUACUUUCAGCAACACUGAUACAUGAGGUCAUGCACGUUCUAGGCUUUGACCCCCAUGCUUUUGCACAUUUUCGAGAUGAGAGGAAAAGAAGACGUACUCAGGUUACAGCACAAGUGAUGGAUGAAAAGCUUGGGCGGGUGGUAACACGUGUUGUCCUUCCACGUGUUGUGAUGCAUUCUAGAUACCAUUACGGGGCAUUUUCAGAAAAUUUCACUGGGCUGGAAUUGGAAGAUGGAGGAGGAAGGGGAACGUCAGGGUCUCAUUGGGAGAAAAGACUCCUGAUGAAUGAGAUCAUGACUGGGUCUGUAGAUACAAGAUCAGUUGUUUCAAAGAUGACACUUGCUUUAUUGGAAGAUAGUGGGUGGUAUGAAGCAAAUUACAGCAUGGCAGAUCAUCUUGAUUGGGGUCGCAAUCAAGGAACUGAAUUUGUAACCUCUCCUUGCAAUCAAUGGAAAGGGGCUUACCGGUGUAAUACAACUCAGGUUUCUGGCUGCACGUAUAACAGGGAAGCAGAAGGUUAUUGCCCUAUUAUUAGCUAUGGUGGGGACUUGCCAGUCUGGGCUCGCUAUUUCCCACAGCCUAAUAAAGGUGGCCAGUCAUCAUUAGCUGAUUAUUGCACAUAUUUUGUCGCUUACUCUGAUGGUUCAUGCACGGACACAAAAAGUGCAAGAGCACCUGACAGGAUGUUGGGUGAAGUACGGGGCCCGAACUCCAGAUGCAUGUCAUCAACUUUGGUGCGCACUGGGUUUGUUCGUGGUUCCAUGACACAAGGCAAUGGUUGUUAUCAGCAUCGGUGCACAAAAAAAUCCCUUGAGGUUGCUGUUGAUGGGGUCUGGAAGGUAUGCCCUGAAGGUGGUGGGCCAGUUCAAUUCCCGGGUUUUAAUGGUGAACUGAUCUGUCCUGCUUAUCAUGAACUAUGUAACAGUAUGGCAUUGCCCAUCACUGGUCAGUGCCCAAGCUCAUGUUCCUUCAAUGGUGACUGUAUUGAUGGAAAAUGCCAUUGUUUCCUCGGUUUUCAUGGCCAUGAUUGCAGAAAAAGAACUUGUCCAAACAACUGCAGUGGUCAUGGCAAGUGUAACUCCCAUGGUGUCUGUGAGUGCACCAAGGGACGUACUGGCAUCGAUUGCUCAACUGCUGUUUGUGAUGAACAGUGCAGCCUGCAUGGUGGUGUGUGCGAUAAUGGUGUAUGUGAAUUUCGAUGCUCCGAUUAUGCUGGUUAUACUUGCCAGAAUAGUUCUACCCUUCUUCCCAGCCUUUCAGUAUGUGGAGAUGUGCUUGGUCGAGAUGCCACUGGUCAACAUUGUGCUCCUAGCGAGUCAAGUAUCCUGCAGCAGCUAGAAGCGGCUGUGGUUAUCCCAAACUACAACAGGUUGAUUCCUGGUGGCAGGACAAUAUUUAGCAUACUAGAUGAUGGAUACUGUGCAGCUGCGGCAAAACGACUUGCUUGUUGGAUAUCAAUUCAAAAGUGUGAUAAGGAUGGUGACAAUCGCCUAAGAGUUUGUUACUCAGCAUGUCAGUCCUAUAAUGCAGCAUGUGGUGCAUUCCUAGAUUGCUCAGACCAGACCCUGUUCAGCGGUGAGGAGGAAGGUGAAGGGCAGUGUACUGGAUUUGGAGAGAUGCGGCCAUGGUGGCUUCGAAGAUUCAAGCGUUUCUAUUCAUGACAACUGCCCGGAGCCUCUGUUUUACUCUACACCUUUUAGGUGUCUGUAAAUUAUAUCUGUAGGUUUACAUUUUGUUCGUAGGCAUAGUCGCACUCUGUUAAUACAGCAGUGCUCAUUCCAAACAGUCCCUCAAAAGUGAGAGGAUUGCUUGUUGUCUAAUUUAAUUUGGGCUUUUUAAGAACAGUCCAAAUUGCGGAAGAGCUUUAUCAGGAAUUAGUGUGCUUCCUGGGCCUAUUAAGGAGCAGGCUGGGGACUAGUACCUACUUGCCCAAUACCGAGCUUGAAAGGUUUCAUGUAUGAAUUUGUAAUUGAAGCAAAUGAAAUUUCUUCAUUAUGACAAACGAUGCCCUUUCUUCA